AUGUUUUCACUGAGGUUCUUGGAAAUGUUGGUUCUGGUAAUCCUCCUCUGGAGCUUCCACACAGAGGCUAAACCACUGAGAAAGAGGACUAUCAGUGAGGUGCAGCUUAUGCACAAUGUUCGAGAACACAAACAAGUAGGAGAAAGGCAAGACUGGCUUCAGGAAAAGCUGAAAGGAAUUAUUGUGGCCAGCUCUAAACCACUACAUGGAAAAAUUAUGAACGGUAAAAGAUCCAGACCGGGCUACCCCCUGUCCGGGUGA